AUGGAAGAUCCACGGGAACACCAAAAUGAAGAAGCAAAUGCGCACAAAUCUCAAGAAGACACACAAAAUGAGGAAGAAGAAGCGCAAUAUGAAGAAGACAUAGAACCAGAUCUAAGAAUUCCCGCACUAAAACUGGAAAUGCACCAAAACGAGCAAGCGAUCGCAAAUCUGACCCUGAUCAUCGACGAACUCGAAGAUAAACGAAUGUGUCGACCAAGAAAGUUUCAGAGAGGAGCGAUUCAAAGAACAAAUGAAUUCAACAUGCGCCGCGCGUUCUGCGAAGCGAUAGGCGCACAUGACUCGGAUUCAUGUACAACGCACCCUACUGCGCAAGAAAGGAAAGAAAUCCUUCUGGCAAAGGCAAGAUGCGAGUAUUGUCUUGACAUCAUAUGCGCGGGUGGUGCCCUAUGCCGCAAAUACGAGGAAAGAUGCUAUCAUUGUCAAAAAAGAGGGCACCAUUCCACGCUCUGCGGACUGCCCGAGAAAAGCGAUGAAAUUGCGGCACAGCUCCGACAAGCAAAGGAUGCAAGAAGAAUUCAUAUGGCACGCGUUCAGGAGAUCAAAGAGGAAAUUUGGAGACUGAGGAGAGAAGCACCAUAG